AUGGCACCAUGUAUCCUCUACCGGAAUGAUGAUUCGGAUGUCACUUUGCUCGACAUCCCUCGUUCCAUCGAGUCAGCUCAAGGCGACUCGACUAAGAGAAUUAUCUCCUCGAGUCCAUUAGAACAUCCAUAUCCUUCAGUUGAGCCAAAGUCGGCGAAAGCUAAGGCAAGACUGGGAGAAGUUUCAAUAGAAGACCUAUUGCUUCAAAAAUAUGUGCAACUUGCUUUUGAUGGAUUGAGGGAGUGUUACCAGGGGCCAUGGUGCCUUCCUCGUGCAACUGGGCAUCCUGAGAUACUUGCCCGGGGGAAGAAACGCAAAAGGAAGGAAAUAUUAACAGACGAGACGGGUCAAAAUGAUCGCGAGUCUGAUCAGCUCAAACAUGAAUAUCUGGUAUCAGAUUCCAUACAGAAUAAUGUACAUUCAUCACUGAUCAGCAACCACAAUUCCUCCACUAUAUACCACACGACUUCCGACGGACUUCGUGCUCGAUUACCCCCACACGCAACAGCUUUAUAUGGAGAUAUAACUACAACACUUGAGACUUUCACCCAGUCAGCUCCCCACUUCAAACUUAUAAUUAUGGAUCCUCCAUGGCCCAAUCGGUCGGCACGACGGAAGAGCUCAUAUUUUAUUUCUUAUUCCACUCCUGAAAUCAAUACUUUGCUAUCCUCAAUCCCUCUCAAUGACCACCUAGCCGAAGAUGGGUUGGUGGCUGUAUGGGUCACGAACAAGGUCGUGUUCCGUGAUAUAUUGCUGCAAGAGGGAGGUCUAUUCGAUGAGUGGGAUAUUGAGUUGGUGGAAGAGUGGGUUUGGGUGAAGGUUGCUGUCAAUGGAGCGACGAUUUGUGCGCUAGACUCUGCGUGGAGAAAACCAUAUGAGACUCUGCUGGUAGGAUGCAAGAAAGGAAAGAAAAGAACUGGAAAUAAAGAUGUGAAAAGGAGAGUCAUAGUCGCAGUACCUGAGCUGCAUUCGAGAAAGCCAAAUCUCAAAGCAUUGUUUGAGGAUAUGAUGGGGACUGAGAAGUAUGAAGCGCUGGAGAUAUUCGCUAGGAAUUUGACGGCUGAUUGGUGGGCUUGGGGGAACGAGGUCCUGAAAUUCCAAGCGGAUGAACAUUGGAUUGACGAAACCGAUCUUUAA